GAAGAGGAGCGAAUGACCGGAAAGUGGAUAACCGAGGUGAGCACCUGAAUCUGCACACCUGCAACUCGUUAAGCACUGAUAGCCAUUAACCAGCCACUUUUAAUUGACGGCUGACAUGUAGUUGAGAAUGAAAACAGCUCUUACUAUAAAACAGCGGAGCUCUCCUCAGCUGUUCGGAAGCGAGGCGGGACUGAAAUCUCGUUUGUAACAACUUUGUGGAAAUAUGUAACAAACAGAUGAGGACGGAAAAUGGAGCAGUCGGCAACCCUCAAUAUAGAGAACCUCAAGAUUACCCAGGAGCAGUUUAUCCUGGCCUCGCAGUCCCUGCACCUCCAGCGUCCGGGCUGUGAAGCCGUAUAUCCAGUGGGGCUGUAUGGCUGGAGAAAGAGAUGCCUCUAUUUCUUCCUGCUGCUGCUCCUGGUCACCAUGAUAGUAAACCUGGCCCUCACUGUCUGGAUUAUUAAGGUCAUGAAUUUUUCAACGGACGGAAUGGGAAACCUGCAGCUGAACCAGGACAGCCUGCACCUGGAGGGAGUCGGCGAGUUUCAGAUGCCUCUGUACGUGAGCGAGAUCCAGUCCAGAAGGGACAGUUUGUUGGUCUUGCGUUCAGAAAAGAAUGUAACACUGAAUGCCAGAAACCACCAAGGCCAGUUGACCGGUCAGCUUACAGUGGGUCCUGAAGGUGUGGAGGCUCAAUGUCAGAGGCUGGAGGUGCGAAGCAGAGAUGGUGGCAAACUCCUGUUCUCUGCAGAUGAGGAAGAAGUCACAAUGACAACAGAAAAGUUUACUGUCACAGGUUCUGAAGGUGCCGUGUUUGGACACUCGGUGGAGACUCCGCUGAUCCAGGCGCCGACGUCUGAGGAUCUGAGGUGAGUUGAUGUUUGGUGUCAUUAAAGCUUAAUGUCAUCUGUUAAUAUCCUGUUAAAUUAAAAUUAAGAUUCUUAAAUA